AACUUUAUAUAAAGAUCGCACAGCACAACAAACAAAGCUUUCAUUCGCUUUCUCUCUGUUUGCUGCAAUAACUUUCAUGUGAUUAGAACAAGGAGAAGAAGCAGCAAACGAGCUUUCUUUUCUAUUUUUUUCCCCAACUUCUUCUUCGAAUUCCUUUGUCCGCUCCAAAAGUGCAUUCUUUUCUCUAGGGUUAACAAUCUUCCAAAACCGCUGAACAAACACCCGGAAAAAAAAAGACAAAUAGAACCCCAAUUAUUAAAAAAGAAAAAACCAAAAUCAAAACCCCAACACAGAAAAGUUUCAAACUUUAACCACCAUGAAUAGGGGGAAGCUACUGGACCCACUGCCACCGCUCCUUCUUCCCAACAGGCUCACCUUGCUCCAAGUUUUCAUGGCGGUGAUGCUCAUCUACCUCCUCUUCAUGACCUUCGAAAUCCCACUCGCAUUCAGAGCCGCCACCGUCUCCUCCACCGAAAGAGCCACCACCUUCGUCUUCCUCAGCGACGCAUUCCCAGUCCCACUCGCAGAACCCGAAUACCAGCCGACUCGACCCGAAUUCCAACCCAAAAACAGAACUUUCUUCCCUUCCCCCAAAGUGUCCACAUUGAGCUUCAAUGACAGCUUCAACGGCGAGUUCUCUGAGCUUCACAAGGUCGCAAAGCAAGCCUGGGUCGCCGGCAGGAGGUUGUGGGAGGAUCUUGAAUCGGGGAAAGUGGAAUCCGCUGCUCGUAGGUUCCGGGUCGAAAACGGGUCGGACAAGUGCCCGAAUUCGGUUUCGGUUUCUGGGCCGGAAUUCAAGAAGGGUGUGAUGGUAUUGCCGUGCGGGAUGACGCUGUGGUCGCACGUGACGGUGGUUGGGACGCCGAGGUGGGCACAUGCGGAGAGGGACCCGAAGAUAGCGGUGGUGAAGGAAGGGGAUGAAGCGGUUAUGGUUUCGCAGUUCAUGAUGGAGCUUCAGGGUUUGAAGGCCGUUGAGAACGAGGAACCGCCGAGGAUCUUGCAUUUCAAUCCGAGGGUCAAGGGGGACUGGAGCGGCAAGCCUGUGAUCGAGAUGAACACGUGCUAUAGAAUGCAAUGGGGGAAUGCUCAGAGGUGCGAGGGAUGGAAGUCACGUGCCGAUGAGGAAACUGGUGAGUGCGUGUUUUUGUUUUGUUCUUGUUGGCGGUUUGAUGAUGACAGCCACUCGGAAGAGUGGAAGGCAACAUGGUGGUUGAACAGACUCAUAGGGCGAAAGAAGGAGGUGACUGUUGACUGGCCAUAUCCUUUUGCAGAGGGGAAACUGUUUGUUCUUACCAUAAGUGCCGGCUUGGAAGGUUAUCAUAUUAGUGUCGAUGGGAGGCAUGUGACGUCCUUUCCCUAUCGCACAGGCUUUGCUCUCGAGGAUGCUACUGGACUAUCCAUAAAUGGGGACAUUGAUGUGCACUCCAUAUUUGCCGCUUCUUUGCCUACGUCGCAUCCUAGCUUUGCUCCACAGAUGCAUCUUGAAGUUAUUCCUCAGUGGAAAGCUCCUCCUCUUCUCAAUACGAAUGUGGAGCUCUUCAUUGGCAUCCUUUCUGCUGGCAACCAUUUUGCCGAACGGAUGGCCGUGAGGAAGUCCUGGAUGCAACACAAACUAAUCAAAUCUUCGCAUGUUGUGGCUCGGUUUUUUGUCGCAUUGCACGGAAGGAAGGAUACAAAUCUGGAUAUAAAGAAAGAAGCAGAGUAUUUUGGCGAUAUUAUUAUAGUUCCCUACAUGGAUCAUUAUGACCUUGUUGUGUUGAAGACUAUAGCUAUCUGUGAAUACGGGAUUCGUACAGUGGCUGCUAAGUAUAUCAUGAAGUGUGAUGAUGACACAUUUGUUAGAGUAGAUUCUGUUAUAAGCGAAGCAAGAAAAGUUCAAAGUGAUAGAAGUCUCUACAUGGGAAAUAUGAAUUACCACCACAGGCCUCUUCGCCAUGGCAAAUGGGCUGUAACGUAUGAGGAAUGGCUAGAGGAAGAGUAUCCUACGUAUGCUAAUGGACCCGGUUACAUAGUCUCAUCUGACAUUGCCCACUUCAUUGUUUCCGACUUCGAGAAGCGUAGGCUAAAAUUAUUUAAAAUGGAGGACGUGAGCAUGGGAACGUGGGUAGAGCAAUUCAACAGCACAAGGCCGGUAGAGUACAUACACAGCUUGAAGUUCUGCCAGUUCGGCUGCAUCGACGACUACUACACGGCACACUACCAAUCACCGCGGCAAAUGACUUGUAUGUGGGAUAAGUUGCAACAGCAAGGAAAACCACUCUGCUGCAACAUGAGAUGACAAAGGUAAUGGAGAAGAAAAUACAAAGGGAGGCAAGUACCUGUGAUGUAAAUAUGCACUUUUUGGGGAUCCUUUGAUGUUAUUGUCCCCUUUUUGAUGCACCCCCCAAAACCUAAAAAGAAUAGAUGAGUUACGUACAUAAUACUAUAAAGUUGGAUCUCACAAUAGUAGUUGGCUUGUAAAUUUGGGAUGUAGAGAAAAAAAAGGUACGGAAGAAAAUAAAAUUAAUUUUCUAUUACUAACUUCAUUUUAGGAUAAUUUCUUGCUUCUUUCUAUGGUGGAAAUCAUGUUUAUUUU